GAAAUUUGUUAAAUAUAUGGCAUCUAUUCAGAAUAAUUAUCCUAAAAAAAAACGAUUAAAUAAAAUUUGGAUUCCAUAAAAAAAAUGGCGGCAACCAAAUUGAGGUUGCUCCAAGCUAUAGACACACUGUAUACUCAAGGUCCCGCAACUCAUGAAUGCUACACUCGCCUUGUUCUCGAAUGCUUUCGAGCAAACAAUGUCGAUCAGGCCAAAAAACUACAAACCCACAUGGACAUUCACUCGUAUCAACCCACUGACACUUUCCUUCAGAAUCGUCUUCUUCAUUUGUAUGCAAAAUCUGGCGAAAUCUCACAUGCAAGAAACCUGUUUGAUAAAAUGCCUCACAGAGAUAUUUUCUCCUGGAAUGCUAUGCUUUCUUUGUAUGCAAAAUCCGGGUUAGUUCAGGAUUUAAGGGUCUUCUUUGAUGGCAUGCCUUCUCGUGAUUCUGUAUCGUAUAACACUGUGAUUUCGGGUUUCGCUAAAAAUGGAUGGGCAGGUAAGGCUGUGGAGGCUUUUGUGAGGAUGCAAAAUGAAAGGUUUAGGCCUACAGAGUAUACCCAUGUGAGUGUCUUGAAUGCUUGUACGCAGUUGUUAGAUUUGAGGAAAGGGAAGCAGAUUCAUGGGAGGAUUGUCAUUGGAGAUUAUAACUUGGGUGAUAAUGCGUUUAUUUGGAAUUCUUUGACUGAUAUGUAUGCUAAAUGCGGUGAGAUUGAUCGAGCAAGGUGGCUGUUUGAUAGGUUACCGAAUAAGAAUGUUGUAUCGUGGAAUUCAAUGAUUUCUGGGUACCUGAAAAAUGGGCAGCGCAGACAAUGCAUUGACUUGUUUCGUAAGAUGCAGGAAUCGGGAUUGAAGCCUGACCAAGUUACAGUUUCGAGUAUUCUCAAUGCAUAUUUUCAAAGUGGAUGCAUUGAUGAAGCUCGUGAGCUGUUUAAUGGUAUUAGGGAAAAAGAUAAGAUUUGUUGGACAACUAUGAUGGUGGGGUACACGCAGAAUGGAAAAGAAGAUGAUGCUUUGGUGUUGUUUAGUGAGAUGUUGAAACAUGUCAGGCCAGAUAGUCAUACUAUCUCAAGCGUGGUUAGUUCUUGCGCUAAAUUAGCCUCUUUGUUUCAUGGUCAAGUUAUUCAUGGGAUUGCAUUGCUUAUGGGAAUUAAUGAUGAUUUACUUGUAUCCAGCGCUUUUGUUGAUAUGUAUUGCAAAUGUGGAGUCACUAGCGAUGCUUGGGCUGUGUUUACUGCGAUGCCUGCUCGAAGUGUGGUUUCUUGGAACGCAAUGAUAGUGGGUUAUGCACAGAAUGGACAAAGUUUAGAGGCCUUAGCUCUUUAUGAGAAAAUGUUGCGAGAAGACAUGAGACCAGAUAAUAUUACAUUUGUAGGAGUUCUCUCCGCUUGUAUUCAUGCAGGAUUAGUCGAUGAAGGUAAGCGAUAUUUUGAUUCAAUGAGUAAACUGUAUGGACUGAUACCUACUUUGGAUCAUUUCGCAAGCAUGAUCAAUCUCCUCGGACGCUCAGGAUCUUUAGACAAAGCAAUGGAAUUAGUUACCACUAUGCCUCAUGAGCCAAAUUCUCUGAUUUGGUCUACUGUUUUAUCAGUUUCUGCUAAGAAAGGUGACGUAAAGCACGGCGAAAUGGCAGCUAAACACCUAUUUGAGCUGGAUCCCCAUAAUGCUGCACCUUACAUAAUGCUCUCCAAUAUGUAUGCUGCCUGUGGAAGGUGGAAAGAUGUUGCAUCAGUCAGAUCUUUAAUGAAAACUAAAAAUGUUAAGAAAUUUGCUGCAUACAGUUGGAUAGAGAUAGAUAGCGAAGUCCACAAAUUUGUAGCAGAUGAUAGAACUCAUCCUGAUACGAAAAUAAUUUAUGAAGAACUCGAUGAAUUGAUAAGAAAACUGAAGAAAGUUGGGUUUAGUCCUGACACAAAUUUGGUUUUACAUGACGUUGGGGAAGACGAGAAACGUGAUUCCAUUUCGUAUCACAGUGAAAAGCUUGCUUUGGCAUUUGGAUUGAUCAAAAAGCGUCACGGACCAUUAAGGAUUAUAAAGAACAUUCGUGUUUGUGGAGACUGCCAUGUUUUUAUGAAGUUUGCAUCUCAAAUUACAGGAAGACAAAUCAUCCUAAGAGAUUCAAACAGAUUUCAUCAUUUUGCUGAAGGGAAGUGCUCCUGUAAUGAUUACUGGUGACACAGAGUCCAUUGACAUCUUCAUUAUCCUAUGUUCUUAGGUAACUUUUGUUAAACUUGAACAUGAAGAUUUCCCAAACAGAGGGAACAGAGGGUCGGCUGCAAGAGCAUUAUAUAAGAUCUUUCAGACUGGAGAAUUCUUGAGAGUUGCAGGCCGAUGGCAGAAGUUGAAUUUUUAACAAAGACUUCUGCAAUAGGGAGAUACGAGGAUGCAGUUUUAUAAGGUAAACAGAAGAUCAGAAACACCAGAGAUCUCUUCUUGAAAGCCUGAUUUAUUUAGCUGUACUAAUAUCUAAUUUGAUUGUUUAAGUGGAAACUUGUCGAGUCUUAUGUUUCUGUAUUCCACUUUUUCGAUUUCUAAAAUGUUUCUGAAACUAUGAAUUAUAUUUAGAAUCUAUUUUCUUUAAUGUCAUUCAGCCUGUUUUGUUUAUUCGGGCGUUUCUCAUUUUGACUUUUUCGUUUUGGUGCUACAUAAAAUUUCGGUAUAAUCUGGAAAGGGGAUUUUUUUUGGUAAUGGGAGUUGAUUAUCAGAAGUCAGCUGUUAAUUACCUGAAACAAAAGCUUACUAGUUAGGUAUGAGUCUAAAGCUAAAGAGAAACAUCUCAAGGGUAUGAGGCUCUUGCAAUAUCAUGCAUCAACCAUUGCUGAAUUUCGCGAGGAGGAUCCUCCAUAACAUGGCAACUUAAUGGCAGCUUCUCGACAUAUGUAUGCUGCUACACUAUCAAAUUUGAUCAUUUCACACUUGUUUUUCACAAGUGUUUCAUAAAUGAUAAAUUUGUCAUGAAUGUUUCACAAGAUUUUAUAGUAGUACGUAACUUUUUUAUGUCAGUUUCAUAAGUUUUUCCUAAUAAUUUGCAUCAUCUUUUUUUUC